AUGGCCCAGACCCACAACCCCCAGGAGGCAUUGCUCUGGGCCUUGAGUGACCUUGAUGAGAAAAGCUUCAAGCUCUUCAAGUUCCACUUACGGGACAGGAGCCUGCUUGAGGGGAAGCUGCCGCUAGCACGAGGGGAGCUGGAAGGACUGAGCCCUGUGGACCUGGCUUCUCGGCUGAUUUCCCUGUAUGGAGCAUGGGAGGCCGUGAAGGUGGUGCUCAGCGUCCUGAGGGUCAUGAAUCUGUUGGAACCCGCGGACUGGCUCAGCCCCAUUUGUCUGAACGAUUACAGAGAAAAAUACCGAGAGCAUGUGCGCUGCCUAGAGGAGAGGCAAGAGGGAGGAAUCUGCGGCAGCUACAAUCAACUGCUCCUUGUGGCCAAGUCUAGCCCAGGGAGCCCAGAAUCGUCUGCCUGCCCCCUCCCGGAGCAGGAGUUGGACUCUGUCUCAGUAGAGACUCUGUUUGAUCCAGGAGAAAAGCCCUACCAAGCCCCACCCACAGUGGUGUUACAGGGGUCCGCCGGCACUGGAAAGACAACACUGGCCAGAAAAAUGGUGCUGGACUGGGCCACUGGCACCCUGUACCCAGGCCGGUUUGAUUAUGUCUUUUAUGUCAGCUGCAGAGAAGUGGUCCUGUUGCAGGAGGGCAAACUGGACCAGCUCCUCUUCUGGUGUUGUGGGGACGACCAGGCGCCCGUCAAAGAGAUGCUGAGGGAGGAGGAGCGGCUGCUGUUCAUCCUGGAUGGCUUUGAUGAACUGCAGAGGCCCUUUGCAAAGGGCUUGAAGAGGCUGAGUCCGAACCCCAUGGAGAACGUGCUGCACCGUCUAAUUAGGAGAGAGAUGUUUCCCAGGUGUUCACUCCUUAUCACCACCCGGCCCGUGGCUUUGGGGAAUCUGGAGCCCUUGCUGAAGCAAUCGCAUCAUAUUCACAUCCUAGGCUUCUCUGAGGAUGAGAGGAGGAGGUAUUUCAGCUCGUAUUUCACUGAUGAGGAGCAAGCCAGAAAUGCCUUUGACAUUGUACAAGGAAAUGACGUUCUAUACAAAUCAUGUCAAAUUCCAGGCAUUUGCUGGGUGAUCUGCUCCUGGCUCAAAGAACAGAUGGAGAGGGGCAGAGAGAUCUCCGAGACUCCCAGUAAUGGCACGGACAUCUUCAUGGCCUAUGUCUCCACCUUCCUGCCGCCCAGUGACAAUGCAGGCUGCUUCGAGCUUACCGGGCACAGGGUCCUGAGCGGUCUGUGCUCCUUAGCAGCUGAGGGGAUCCAGCACCAGAGGUUCAUGUUUGAAGAAGCUGACCUCAGGAAGCAUAAUUUAGAUGUGACCAGGCUUGAUGCUUUCCUGAGCAGCAUGUGUUACCAAGAGGGACGUGACAUCAAGACGUUCUAUACCUUCCGCCACAUUAGCUUCCAGGAGUUUUUUCAUGCCAUGUCUUACCUGGUGUUAGAGGACCAGAGUCAGCUGGGGAAAGAGUCCCGCAGAGAACUGAAUAGGCUUCUGGAUGAAGAGGGGAAGGCAGAGAAUGAGGAGAUGACCCUCAGUAUGCAGUUUUUAUUGGACAUAUUAAAAAAAGAAACCUCCUCAAACUUUGAGCUAAAGUUCUCCCUCAAAAUUUCUCCCUUGGUAAAGCAGGAGUGGAUGCAUCUUAAAGAACAAAUGAAAUCUAUAAAGCAUAAAGGGGCCUGGGAUUUGGAAUUCUCCCUGAAUCCAUCUAAAAUAAGGAAUCUAGUAAAGGGUGUUCAGAUAAGCGAUGUAUCGUUUAAGAUGGGACAGUCGAAUAAAAAGAAAUCCCAAGAUAGGAACUCAUUUUCUGUCAAAACCAUCUUGAGUAAUGGACAGAAAGAGAAGCAGAAACGUCCCGUUGUGGGCAAAGAUAAUAUAGCAAAGACACAGAAGGAGGCUUCUAAUGGAAAAGGCAGAGAUACGGAGAAAUGA